CUGCCAGGCUUGUCCCUGGACUGAAGGUCGGCAGGCUGCAGGAGGGAAGCAGGACCUCCCGGCUCAGCGCUGUUGUCAAGCUCCCCUCCAGCAGAGGCCGCUGCUGUGCUGUGUGAUUGUGUGACAAGAAACUGCUUUAUUGAAGCCUGUUUGGUUCCUGAUGUCGUGCUUCCUCCUGCCGCCCCAGCAGGAAGAGGGUUCCGAAGGUGGUCCUCAUCCUGUGGGAUGCAGAGGUGCGGACGGGGCCUCCGCUCCGGGCGUGUUGACGCGCUGCCAAGCAGUAAUUAUUCAUGAAGAGAGCCGGGCAAAUGGACAGGAAAUGCAGAGCGAUCGAUUGGCCUGCUGCCCUGCCGCCAGCCUGACGCUGAGCUGUGACACCAGGCCGCGGCUGCACCUGCUCCAGCACUGCUGGGGGGGUGACAGGUCUUGUUCCCGGGUCACCUGAGGACCCAUCUGAACGCCUCUCUCCGCUGACGUGGACCGCACUUGGCUGCCGACCUUGGAGCCGUGUAAAAUGCAUGAGCGUAGCUGCUGCCUUCUGGCCAUGGCCUUCAGAGAGCUGCCAUCCAAACCGCCGGCACGUGCUGGGGUCAGCGCCGGGUCCAGGCGCCGGCGAUGAGACGCGUCUUCAAAGUCUUCCUGUGUUUGGGAGGAGGAGCGGCGUGUGCCAGGGAGAGCCUCAGGCGCCUGAUGAAAUAUGGAUCCACGCCGGGGGGAGACAUGAGCAAAGCUACAUGGAAAGUUAAAAGGCAGGCGGUGGGGGCGGCCGCCAGAACGACAAAUCCAGCGACAAAACUUUCUCCAAACGGCCUGUUGUUGGCUCCUAACUUUCAACGGAGGCCGGGAGACCCUGCGCUCAGGUGAAGCCGGGAGCCCGGUCCCACCGACCCCUGGGGAGUUGGGCCGCAGGGAAGUGGCUCACUGAUGCCGUGAGGUCACCGACUGACCUGAGGGUCCGUGCUCCUCACCGGGGGCGGUGUGACUCUUGGUCAUGGUCCAGCCCAGAAAAGCACCUGGCCACCGCCAUGUUCCGGUGCAGACGACACGUGUUGCCAGCACCAUCACCCUGUCUAUCGCGCUCAUGAGCCCGCUGUGAACGGCCGGACUGGACUGAAGCGGCGGACAUGCGGUGCAACGAGUUUCAGCCCGCGUCAUCGGCUCCGUGUGACGCUGCUUUGUCUGAAAGUAGAGCUGCGAGCGCAGCGGAAGGGAGAAAAUCGUCGGAGGAAAAGAAAGCGAUCUUGUUUCAGUGAGGUCGAGUGAUUUGUAGAGACAUUUAUUUUAUUCAAAUACCGCACUUUCUGCGCGCGCCUGAGCGUUUCCUCGCAUCUGGGCGGAAGUGACGCAGAUGCCAUCACAUCACGCGAGACUGGCCACAAGCGAGAGAAAAACAAUGGUGAGCAACAACACCAGCAAGAGCUCAACACGAACCGACACCAACGCUCCCGGGAGAUGUCCGCUCUGCGGUUAGACGGCGCGGGAACUGCGUGGACGGGCGGAGGCCAUGAAUCCUGCUCAACUUGGGGACGCAGCGGUGCCCGGCCAAGAACAGAAGGUCCACAUCGAGGAGGGGGACGCUGCGCCUGAGAGAGGACGAGCCGCGGCGGCGGCUCCAUGGAGCAACAAGCGGGCCAGACUGUCCGGGAAGAUGAGUGGACACCUGCCGGAACCUGCCGGAGAGACGCGGCAAAGCUCCCGGCGCAGGCCGCUCUUCAGCAUCUCACACAGGAUCUGGGACAGGCGAAGCGCGGCGGGCUCCCCUCCUGACGAGGGCUCGCCCCAGGCGUCGGGCCUGGUCCCGCUGAUGGAGAAGAUGAUCUUCAUCCUCAACAGCCUGGACUCCCGCGUGACGCAGCUGCACAGCAAAGUGGACCUGCUGACGCUGGAGCUGCUGCGCAUCCAGGAGCAGGUGCCGCCGGCCCCGUGGCCCUGCCACUUCCGGCCCCCGCCCGAGUACCUGCUGACCCGGGAGGAGCUGAAGCAGCUGAUGGAGCAGACGUCCAGCGCCGGGGAGCUGGGCUGCCGCCUGCUGCUGCAGCUCUUCCCCGAGCUCUUCCGAGCCGCCGCCCGCUGCUCCCGCCGCCCGCCGGGCUCCCUCCACCUGCAGCUGGUGCGGAACUACGUGGAGGUGUGCUACCCCGCGGUCAGGAGCCACCACGUCUGGCGGGACCAGUGCCUGCUCCAGCUCAACCGCUUCUUCAACGGCUUCUGGGCGCAGAGAGACACGCAGGGCGCGCGGCUGCGGACGGCUGCGGAAGAGCGCCGCCCGCUGGAGCAGGCGCUCGCCCAGCCGGACCACCUCUCCUCGCCGGAGGACUCUGCACUGCUCCUCCUGCGCCGCCUCUUCCCGCCGCAGCAGGGCGGCGCAGGGCAGCCGACGCUGGACUCUGACGAAGUGGAACUCAUCCGCCGCUACAUGGAGGCGCACUUCCCCGACGUGCCGGAAGACAACUGGCUGCAAGUCUGUGGCCAGCAGCUGGAGGAGGCGCUGGAAGGUCCUCGCAGUAGCGAGGCCGACGCCCCGGCUGCCACCGGGCCUCAGGCGUCAGAGCCGGAGAGCAGGCCGCUCUUGCCGCCAGUAGACUUCCAGGCUCUGGAAAUCCCGCCGCCGAGCUUCGCGGUUCCUCAGGAGCAGCUUCUGUCCAGAGAGCAGCUGAGGAGCAGCUACGACUGCAGCUGGUCCGUGGAGGACUUUGCUUGGCGGCUGCUGGUGCUUCUGUUCCCGGAGCUCUGCAGCCGAGGGACGGUGCCGGCGCGCUGCAGCGCCUCCGUGGGAGAGAGGCAGCUGGACCCCGUCCGUGUCGAGCUCCUCCGACACUACGUGCAGUUGGUCUACCCACCGGCCAGGAACCAGCGGGUUUGGACCUCGGAGCUCCUGGCUCCACUGAACCAAAGGUGCCGCAGACGCCAGUGUUGCGUCGGUGGGCGAGAAGUGGGGCCGGACUUGCUGAGUCAGCUGGAUCCCGAGAUGGUCAGAGAGGUUCCCGCGGUCACGGCUGAGAAGAGCAAUAAAGACUUCUGCAAAAUCCCCCUGGAGGAGCUCAGCGUGUCCGUGCCCGACUUCCCUGUGCCGCCUGGCGUCCUGCUCUCCAGCGCCCAGGUCCGGGAAAUCGUCCAGCAGAGUCUGUCCGUGGGGAACUUUGCCGCCCGACUCCUGGUGCGACUCUUCCCGGAGCUCUUCACGCAGGAGAACCUGCGGCUGCAGUACAACCACUCGGGGGCCUGCAACAAGAAGCAGCUGGACCCGGUCCGCCUGCGCCUGAUCCGCCACUACGUGGAGAGCGUCUUCCCGGCGGAAAAGAUGGAGGAGGUGUGGCACUACGAGUGCGUGCCGAGCAUCGACGAGCGCUGCCGAAGGCCCAACCGCAAGAAGUGCGACAUGCUCAAGAAGGCCAGGCGCGGCGCCACCGCCGGCCCCUAGGUGGCGCCUGGCUCCGCUAACACUUGGACGUCGUAGCCUUAGCGUCGACUGCGGCGACUUGCUAGCACACGCCGCGUCCUUCCUCCACCGCGCUGACAGUGUGUGGUCGUCUUAUACAAGUUCUAAGCCGCUGACAUGUCUCUAAUAAAAGCACAGCACCACUGAAGUGGGUGUCACGCUCCAGCGUCACCUGACCUGCAGAGCUCAGCUCCACCUCUCACUCCUGCAGGUCGCUCUUCAUACCAAGAGGACGCAUCUGGAAAACGUGUCGCUGGGUGAUGACAUCACAGCCCGCCUGCCACCGCCUGGACACCUGGGAAGGAGCCGUGGAGGGUCCGGGCCAGGACACUUUUAUUCACCUCGUGCUUCAACACACCCGAGUCCAGUCCGCGGCUCAUCCACCUGCCCCCGCAGGCACCUCGCGCGUCCCAUGGCCCUGGACGGGUCCCGAGUCCAACUUCGAAGCCUCCUGGCUGCGGAGCUCCAGAAUCUUCCACCGCCUCAAGCUGACCUUGAACCUCUCCUCCUCAGGAGACUCCCACAAGACCUUUCUGAGGACCACCCGCUUCAGUUGCACCGUGCCGGCCUCCUUGUCCUCCGACACGAUCAGGUCCAGAGUGUCCCCGACUCUCACCUGCAGAAGAGAGCGAGUCAGUCGAGAGAAGCCGCCUGCGGCCGCGUCGCAACAACUGGCCUUUUUGCUUUUCUUCAGCAGCCGCUGGCCGUUGAGUCGGAGGCGGCUGUGGUAGAGGGCGUCUUCGAUCUUACUGCAACACACACAGUCA